CGAUGGUCAACGAUGUCUAUUAUUUUAUCUCAUAGUUAUAUAGAUCUUUUCAUUCAAAAGUCAUCGAUAAAAUGAUUAAUCGGAACGAAGGAGCGAAUCGUUCUGGGAAAUCGUGAUUAUCAUCGAAGAGUUAUUCGAAGUCGCGUUAGCUGUUCUGACGAUCAGUUUUCAUAAAUCGCGCGUCAUCGGAUUAGCCAGGAUGGUUUGAUUACAGUUUCUAACACUUCGGAUCGUUGUUAUAGUUUAUUACGCGGUGUGUCAUAAGGAAGGAAUGAAUUACAUUGAAUCACGUCGUCGUCGUCGCGAAUCGCGGUCGAUCGAAUUGGAGUCCCUCCGGUUUCGAAUAAGGAAAGUGUACAGUGUACACACGGAUCGGAUCGAUAUGGAUCGUAUAAUUCGAAACACCGAGUGUAAUCAACGAUCGACAACGGUCGGUGUGUGUGAAGAAAAAUGACGACAUAUAGGAAGGAGGUCGGCUGUUAGAAAUCUCCUCUCACGAGAUUGUUUUCCUUCUUCCUGAUUCCGUAUCGCGCGACCUUCUUUUUCACAAUGGCCGCCGUCACUCGACAGACGUUGCGUGACGGACACUUUACCGUACAAGGAUUACAUUUCGUACGUGGUUAGGAUCGGAAACGCGUAAACGCGGACUAGACGUUUUGCGUCACUGUACACUGGUUGGAUCUGGAUGGAAAUGUUCCAUUGAAAAGAAUCUUCGAAAGGGGAAAUUGUUCGUGUCGAAGAGAAUAUAAUUUUUUAAUCCCCAUGUAUGCCAAUUUGUGUAAAUAAAACGAACAUAUAACAUCGUAACGGAAUGUUCGAGAAAGGAAAAUGUGCAGAAUUUCACGCUCGAGCGAAUUAUCGAUUGCAGAUUAUACAGUCGCAUCCCCCGAUCUAUUUGCGUCUUACGUGACUAGCCAUGUCAUCGAGUCGGUUGGCACGACUAGCCGUUGGCACUACUCUCGUCACCGCCGUUAAUAAACUCGUGUGUUGACUCGGGAAUCGUUCUCUCCUCCGACACAUUGAAAUCAUCGUCGUAAUAUAUACGAUCCUUAUUAAUCCAACAGUCAGAAUGUACUAAGAAGACAAAUUAUGGUGGCAGAAAUUGUCGCCCGUCAGAGUGGAUCGCCCAUCAAUGGUGAGACCGCGUGUCUGAACAGCAAUAUGCCGGCCACUCACACGAUAGCGCACACGAGCCACGGUGGCCACGGUGGCCACGAUGCCCACGGGCCCCUGCCGCCCCUCACCCAUCCGGUCCACCACGGCGCGCCACCGUUAACGUUGCAACAACAGCAGCAACAGCAGCACCAGCACCAGCCCCAACACCAACCGCCGCCGCCUCAACAGCAAGCCCCGCAGCAACACCAUCACCACCAUCAACCGCAGCAACAGACGCAGCAACAGCAACAGCAGCAGCAGCAACAGUCGCACCACCACCACGACGCCCAACAGGUGACACAUCCAGAAAAUUUCCCCCCGAACUUCGACAUCAGAAAAGAGCUAUUUUCCCAGCGCAAGCAACGGGAGUUCAUCCCGGACAACAAGAAGGACGACAGCUACUGGGACCGUAGAAGGCGUAACAACGAGGCGGCCAAACGAUCGCGAGAGAAGAGGCGUUUCAACGAUAUGGUGCUCGAGCAGCGAGUGAUGGAGCUCAGCAAGGAGAAUCACAUUUUGAAGGCGCAACUCGAGGCGAUACGCGAUAAAUUCGGGAUAUGCGGCGAGUCCGUGAUCAGCACCGAGCACGUGUUGGCGGCGUUGCCUACCGAGCCACCGAUAGGCGUGAAAAGGGCGAAGAUACCGCCCUCUGCGGCCCUCCUCUACGCGAGAACUCCGAGCCCUGUCCACACGUCGGUCAUACAUCAGCCGGUAAGCGGCGCGAGAUCGCCGAGAUCGCCGGCGCAGCUGUACGUGGCCGAGACGCCCUCGUAUCCUGAAACGGAGAGUUUCCAAUACACUUACCCCCACCCGGCCAUGCAUCUGGACACGACGAGCGCCCUCAACUUGUCGCGCGGUCGACGCGCCCAGUCACCGUUCGAGUUGUCGUCGGGGAGCGGGGACGAGGGGCCGCAAUUGGUCGUAAGCUCGCAAAAUCCGGCAGCCAACAACAGUCUACCUCACAAAUUGAGGCACAAGUCGCGCAUAGGCGACAAGGAUGCGGCGAGCGCUCUGCUGGCCCUGCAAGGUAUUAAACAGGAGCCGGGGCCGAGGGCGUCACCGCCGUGGGACAACGAAGGCUCGAGCGACGAACGCGAUUCGGGCAUCUCAUUGGGCGCCGAGUGGACCGGUUCGACCGUUACCACCGUUCCCGAGAACGAGAGGGAGGUGAAGUCGAGGUUGGAUCGUCUCGCCUCCGAGGUGGCAUCCCUGCAAUCGAUACUUCGCAUCGGGAAACCGGCGGAGAGCAGUCUGGUCACGGGUCACUCAUUACCCCCGAACGCCGUGAACGGGCCGUGAAACGAGCGGGCCUCGUCGUAUCCUCUUCAUUAAAUUUUUCGAAGGAAACGGGCGAAACACGUUGCUCUUUGUAUCGCGACGAUUUCUCGAACGCGAGAAUGGCGAGAGAGAGAGAGAGAGAGAGAGACUUCUUGAUCGCACGCGCAAACGAACGUGACGAUGACGAUAUUGAUUGAUAGAUAAUAGAUGGGAGUAGCAGUCGAGUGAUCGUCGCUUGAUCUAUACGUUCUUUCUUCAUAUAUGCGUAUAAAGGAAUCGAAGCAGAGAGACGAAGAGGAAGAAGUGUAUCAUCUGUCGAACGAUUACGAUUACCAACUUUUUGCAGUAUUGGAUCAGCGUGUACUUGGUAACGGCGGCCAAUUGAAUACAUUUCUUCUCUUGUUUCUAAUAAGGACUAAGGAACUAAACACGAUCGACGAGACGAAUCGAGGAUACGUUUCUCUGUUUUUUUUUUUCGGGUGCCCUGUUUGCCAAAAUGGGACUCCCUCUUCUGUCCCACGGUAUCGUAAGGAUUAGAUGAUAAGAUGCGAUAUCUGUAGGCUAUAAGUAACUUAUGUAAGUAAGACUUUCUUAGGUUAUUUUCGUUUAAUUAUUAUUAUUAUUAUUAUUAUUAUUAUUAUUAUUAUUAUUAUCAUUAUUAUUAUUGUUAUUAUUGUUAUUAUUAUUAUAAUCAUUGCUGUUCAUUAGCGAGUUCAUUUUACUUGAUUGGAAAAAUGGUGCGGCGACUAAUCAGGCCGAUAAUCUAUUUGUGCACUUAGAUUCGAAGCAACGAUUCGAAUAUUCGAUAACUGGAAGAUUCGAUAUAUUCAAUUCGAUGCGACGAUUCUUUGGCGAAUGAGAAAACCAAACUCGUCGAUUCGAAGAUCUUCGGACGACUCGUUUUUAUUUAUCCUCGUUGAAUUAAAAUUCUUAUAUUAUAAUAUAUUAAUAAACGCGUCUCGUGAUGAAAUUUAAAAAGAAAAAAAAAAAAAAGAAAGAAAGACUUCGAAGAUCUUCCAAUUAACGAGUCCGAGGAAUUUCUCUUCAUAAAAAAAAAAAAAAAUGAAUUUAUUUUUCGAUUAAUAAUUGGUCGCGCAACCGGCUAUCUCACUACCGCCAGUUAUCCUUAACGAGUUAACCUUUUCGUUCUCUUACAAACGUUAUCGAGCAAAGCAAUAACAUCUUUGUAUUAUCGUUCAUGAUCUCUUCUCUUUUCUAAAAAUCGUUCAAUGUUUUCGAUCGAAUGUUUGCGCGGCGCAACAUUGCCACGAAUUCGUGGUAAAAUCUCUGGGAGCUAGUGUUUAUUGAUGUUCCAAUGCGUGGCUUCGAUCCCGGUUUAUUUACACGUCCGACGAUUCUUCUUCUGUCGUCCUCCUCCAAGUCGAAUGCGCUACUUAAUGUCUUCUUGAAAUUCAACCUUGCCACACGAGUCGAUCCACAAACAACGCAAAUUCCCAUCCCAAUAUAAGUCAAUUGCGCCUCGAAGACAUCAAUCAAAGAGCCUUUCCAUUUAUCAACCGCGUUACCUCGUCGAUAAAUCUUUUCUUUAUUAUAUAUUCUUCAAAAUCACCUCUUCUUUCUCUUUUAUUCUUUCUUUCUUUCUUCUUUUUUUUAUGAUUUCUUUUUAUACAUUUGUUAUUAAGCUAUUAACGUGACCACGUGUGUAUAUAUAUAUAUGUACGUAUAAACGAGAAAGUGUUUUUUUGAAUUUGUUCUUCGUUCGCUGGUGCUUCGUGCUGUCGUCGAGAAACGAAGGAUCGAGCGGAAGAAACGAGACGUUAAACGCGUUAUUUCGUCAGCCUUUUUUUUUUUUUUUUUUCUUUUCUUUUUCAUCGUCUAUUCGAUUCUUUUUCUUUAUUCGUUGAGACGGAUGGACCGUUGUUGUCCGGUACCACGCGGUAUCUAAAGUAUUAAGCGAGCCUAUAGGUGUUAUGUAAUAUAUAGGGCACAUAAGCAAGGAAUAUACAUAUAUACAUAUAGGUAUAUGCAUAUACAUAUGAUAUAUAUAUAUUUUUUUCAAAUUAACGUAUUUUUCGAUAUCGUGAAAGUAUAAGAGGAACAGUCUCUGUGUAUGUGUGAAUGUGAGUGUGUGUGUGAGUAUAUGCGCGCGUACGCAUGCGUGCUGUGCAACGCUUUUGUGUCAUACAUAAAGAAAGGGCAUAACACGAUUCUUUGUUUGAUUUGACCGCACCGAAGAAAAUCGAAUCUGCUGGAAAGGAGAGAAAACCUGUAAGAGAGAGCGCGUUAUAUAAUCGAAGGGAUUUCUCUUUUCGAAAUUUCUAGAGGACGGUCGGAAGGGUCGAUCGAACGCCAUUUUCAUUGAUUCGCUACGAAAUUCGAGAAAAAACGAUGAAAACCAAAGCGAUGGAUCGCGUAAAAAAAUCGCGAUCGAUUCGUUGUAACGAACGUUUCUAUUUAUUAAAGUUGAAGAAAGGUGGAGAAUUUCGUUCGAAUCAUUCGAAAUGACACGUUCGUUCACGCCUCCCAUCGUGCUUCAGUGUGAUAAGCCACGAAACGUUAAUCUAAAGCCACUAUAUUUGUAAAACAUACCUUUAUUUAUUAUUAAUCGUCUGCGCGGAGACACGUAAGAAAUAAUAUUUCGAGCAGAGAAUAAUAUAAACGUAUAGAUCACGUUGAUGAUCUCUAUAUAUAUGUUUCUUCUUUCACUUAUCGAAAUACUAUUUUUUUCGUUGAUCUGUUUAUCACGGGAAACAAUUGCGCCAAUAAAGAUAAGUAUAAUUUAGACGAAUGAACGAUACAGCAUGUUAUUUACUAUUAAACGCGACGAUCGCACUACUUUAUGUGGCAUUUAUAAUGUCGGAGCAAUUAUAUUAUCAUGGAUUGGAUUGGCUCAAAAUUAUGAUAGCUCGAUUAUUUUCGAACAACAAAAAUCUCUGAUCAAACGUGUUACAGGGAUCUGCGGCAUAAGCGUGUUUCUUAAAGAUUUUUAAGACGCAUCACAAGACUGUAAUAAUCGUGAUCGGCGUUAUUCGCGGAAGGAUCUCGUAUCUGUGUUUAUUCCGCAUACUUUCUAUACAUCUUAUUUUCCUAUUUUCCCUUUGUUUUCACUUGUUUGUAUCUUUUUUUACGUUACUUUCCUCGCGUGAAUUUUCUAUAUUUUAUACUACAUGUUUAUAUUAUUAUUAUUACUAAUUUUCUGCGAAUUAUCGCCGAUAACGAUGCUCGAUGAAUUAGUUUUUCCUUUUCAUUGCCGCCCCUCGAGUUACACAGUUUUGCUCAGAAUGAAAACGAGUCAUUAUAAAGAUCACACGUUGAGUAGUGAGACGAGUUGUGUACGAUUUAAUAUUUCUUUUGUCAACUGUCGGACAAACGUGCUUAUUUAUAACAUUUCAAUGUAAAUAUAGUUUCUUUUCUUUCUUUCUUUCUUUCUUUAAUUCGGUAUUACGUAAAUGUGGAACCCUCUGAUUUCAACGACUCGAUAGUCACGAUUUGCACUGUUCCGCAGUUGAUUUAUUGUAACAUACCACGAGUGCCUACAAUAACAGCUGUAUGUUCUCUCCCAUAGUUCAUGAUAAAGUUUCAGAUUUUUUAACAGCUCGAGAUUAAAAGCACACACAGUUUAUCGAGAGAGAAAAGACGAUGUUCGAGAAGGAGAGAAAUCCGUAUAUUUUGUAAAUAAUGAAUGUGUUAACUCGAUCACGUUUGUGAUCACAGAGAGAAUGCCACAAUGAACUAUGCGUAUGUGAUGAUCGUCGCAAGGUUCUCACUCGCAAAUUCCAAAUAAUCUUUUAUCUCACGAUUACUUGCCCACAAGAAAAUGUUACCUUCGACCACGGCGACUAUAAAUCGAUAUUUGUACAUAAUUGCACUUUUUUUUUCUUUCUUUUGCCAAAAAAAAAAAAAAAAAAACACGCUACUCGUGCCGAUGAAACUAUGGCAAAUAUCAAAGGCGUUAAUAAAUAUCGGCCGGAGAAGGAACUUCUACAAAUAGCAUUUUUGAUCUAUCGUGUCUCCUCUUAUAUAUUUGUACUCCUGAAAUAGCUUCUUUGAGGACGUUUCAAAUACAGUUCCUAUACAGUAUGGUAAAGCGACUUAGAGACUCGGUCGGCCGUUGUCCACAUGAUAAACAUGAUUCCAAGACAAGUUUCGAUCCUUCUUUCUCCGGCUGUACGGAGAUAUAAGUAUUUAGAUCUAAGGAACAUAUCCACAGCGUGUAGUGUACUUGUAUAUGAAUAAAUAUUUUCAAUGUUUUUGACAAUA